AUGGCUAUUGCAAAAUCUACUAUUUUGAUCCUGAUUCUGCUCGCUGCGGUCUACACAUGUGCCCAAUUUCAUGGCUGGGACGACCUUCCCUCAUGUGCACAACAAUGCUUCAACGACGCUUUCAUGUCCAGCACCAGCGACUGCGGGAAGCAGGCAGAGGGCAGACUAUCUAUUCGCGUCUGCACCUGCUCCAGUUCCACCUAUAACAACACUUUGAGAUCGUGCCUCUCCAAAUCAAGCCCAUGCAGUGAUCAGACGAUCACAGAUCAAAUCCUAAUGACCAACGACCAGGUCUUCUGCAAUCAGUCUAUUGACGCGGCGGUCUCCUGGGGAGGGCUACACCCGCUAUGGGCUGUAUGCGGUGCGUUUGGAGCGACUGUUUCUACGAGCAUCAACCUGAAUUGCCCUGCACCGACGACUGAGGCCGGCUCAGUGAUCUCAGACCCUGGCUCCACUUCUUUCUCCAGCCUCUUUGCUGAUUCUUCUUCUACAACUACUCCCUCUACCUCUGCUUCAGACCCAGUCUCUUUUCCGUGCACUUCUGCGAUCAAUUCCUCUUCCUAUGCUCCUUCUGUUCCAUAUUCGGCUCCAGCCUAUCCUCUUCCCUCACUUGCCUCCUCUUCCGACCCCUCCUUUGCAACACCUCUUGCCUCUAUCUUCCCCUCUACCCAUUCCACACAUUCACAAGUCCCAUCGUCGCCUCACCCUUCCGCCCCAAGCGUAUAUACUUCCAGCACCGUUGAAUCUCGCUGCCUCGAGAGUCCACACUGUUAUCGGAACACGGCAAUCACAAUCUCAAUCACAAGCACAUCUUACGUAACAACUACUAUCACCUCGAGCUUGCCAACAAGCAUUCCCGGAGCUCCUACUUUGCACUUUACACUCACAUCCGCUUUCACGGGUGCAUGCCAAAGCACGUUUCAAGCCUGGGAGAGCACAAAAAGCAGCAUCGCGAUUUCGACGGGCCUAACAAGUGCGCAGCAAUCUAGUUUCAGCCCAGGAUAUCCUACCCUAGUGACUCUUACAUCAGCCGGGUCAAUCACGAGCAGCAACAGCUGGUCCUCCUACGAAAGCAGUGAUAGCAGUAGCGGGGAUGGUUACGGCACCAGUCAAAGUACCCGCGAUGGCGGUGGCAUCGGCGGCAGUAGUGAUGUGAAUACCAGUACAGGCCCACAAACACAAACGAAAUCUCAGUCUCUGCCAGUGACAACCCAUGCUAGCACUCCUGUCACUACUGGUAGCAUCACCUCAAUCACUUCUCGGACGAGUGAGAGUACAAGUACAAGUACAGACGCAGUGCCAACCCAGACCGGCGGUGUGGGAAUACUGGACUUUCGGUACGAAGCGAUCUUUGCAACAUGCCUGCUGACGACCGUAUGGGUUCUGAUACUUGGUCUGUGA